GGAACCAGCGUAGGCUACUCGGUCGGUUUUGGCUCCAGCAAUCCCGGUACGGUAAAGUGUGACCACCGAUCGCAUCCAUCAUGGCCUCGACGCUGAUGUUCUGGAACAAGCAGAACUCCAACUCCAGCCAAAACGGAAACGAUGCCAAGAACACAAAGAACGGCCGCAACUGGCUGCACGCGCCGGAUGUGCUCGUCAACGGGCACGUCGCUUAUCUAGUCAAAUACCUCGGAAGCACACCCGUGGAGCAACCGAAGGGCAUCGAAGUCGUGAAGGAAGCCAUCCGGAGGCUGCAGUUCACACAGCAGAUGAAGAAGGCCGAGGGCGGUGGCAAUGUGAAGACGAAGAAGGUCGAAAUUACCAUCAGUGUGGAUGGCGUGGCAAUACAGGAACCACGAUCCCUGACGAUCAUGCAUCAGUUCCCGCUGCACAAGAUAUCGUACUGUGCGGACGAGAAAGGUGUGAAGAAGUUCUUCAGCUUCAUCGCCAAGACGGGCACGGGCGCGACGACGACGGCUUCGAUCAGUUCCGGUUCCGAGGAUACGAACAGCUCGAACAACUCCACGAUCAGCAAUGGAACUGAGGACCGGCACGAGUGCUUUGUGUUCAUCUCGAACAAGCUCGCCUCGGACAUCACGUUGACGAUCGGGCAGGCCUUUGAUCUGGCGUACAGGCGCUACGUCAGCGACAGUGGUAAAUCGCUCGAGUCGGUGAAGUUGAUGGCACAGAAGAAGCAGUUGGAGCACACGAUCACCGCCUACCGGCAGCGACUGCGCGAUCUUUCCGAGAUGGUAUCAAAGGCGGAACUGGAAAAGCUGCUACUGAAGAUGGGCCUACGGGACAUCUGUGACGUUCCGGCGCUAGAGAACGGUGUCGAUGGGCACAACAACUACAACAGCAACAAUAACAACAUCAACAGCAACAACCACAACGUCAACGGCAGCAAGACGCCGGACUUGGGAAUCGAUGUCUCGUUACCGAACAAUGACGAUCAACUGCUGAUCGAAACGUCACCAAAACACUUCGCACCGAUCGUGCCACCGAGGAACAUCCAAAAUCAGAUCAACAACACGCUAGAGGCGUUCAAGCCAUCGGUCGGUACCAAGUUAGAAGGGUUGCUACUGAACUCGGACUCGGACAGUGAUUUCGAUCCGCGUGCGCCUGACACCGACUCCAGCCUGUCCACGAGCGGUGGUAACAAGAUCAGCAACGAUCUGUUCGGUUUUGAGCCGCCAAAACCCGCGAAUGCCACCCUGGGCCAGCAGCUGUUUGGCAAUGGCACCAACAAUGGCCACAAUGGCAAUGGCUUCGCUAACGGGAACGGCGCGCUGACGAACGGAUUUGCAACCCAACCGAACAGCCCUCCUCCGAUUUUGGCUCCUCCACCGGCAAAGUCUGCGCCCCGACGAACGGUACCGCAGACGAAUGGCAGCACCAACGGUAAUGGCAGCGCAUACCAGGACCUGUUCGGGUCGGCGCCCUUCAACCCUGGCCAGGGCAGUGAUGUAAGUACAACGACGACGCUAGAGGAGUCCAGCUCGCUCGUGAUGAACGAUCGAUCGUACACGAUUGGGCCAACCAGCGUGACUGCUGGCAUUAGUCCUUUCUCGCAGGAAGUGCACGCGUUGGGCAAAAACUCGUACAAACUCGACACGUCGAUCCUCACGUACGGUGACGGCGUUGGUGCCGGUCCGUUUGGUGAUUCGGCCGUUCCGGCUUCUACCGCGACAUUGGCCUCCAAAUUAAACCCUUUCGCGGCUGCUAUGCGGGCCAAUCCGCUUGCCGCCGUCCAGCAUAAGGCGUCCGCGUACGACGUGUUCAAGAACGCGAGCGACAAGGAACGGUUAACCACUAACACCGGUACGAUCUCGCACUCGACGCUCGACGAGAGCGAUAGUGGGGUGAUGCACUGUGCUAACACGACCUCCGGGGUCGGAACGUCUUGCACCGGUACUAACAGCCAUCCAUCGCAUGUCAUCGCAUCCGCCGGUCCAGCGAACGAUACGACUGCCGCUUCUGAGGCACUGUUCGAGGAUUUCGCACAGUCGGCUUUCAACGAGUUUAAGCGGGAUCUGUCCGCGAACAGUCGCACCGUGAAGCGGCAGUCGUCGUUGCUGCAGGAUCGGCCUCAUAAGCCAUUGCUAGGGUCGCUCAAGUCUGCUGGUGGUAGCCUUGCGGAGAAUGUUAGCCAUUGUGGGACCCGCUUACGCCUUGGUGGCGGACCGAAAAUCCUCCAACCGGAUGCGAAGACGACCAAGAACGGUUUCUUUAGCUCCGACGAUGUGCUGGAUACGUUCGACCCGCUGAAAAAGUAAGCAAACCAGCGCUGGAAAACACAGAAUGGUCAGCGAUCAGCGAAGACGGCCGGCCAUCUUAGACAGUUAGCAGCAUCUCAACAUCAUACCGUACUCUAGGCGACUGCCGCAAUAGGCCGCUCGCACAAAGAUCAACAAUUCCUGACCAUUCUGGUGGAUGGCGCGAUCGGCUGAAAUUAAAACCAGCUGUCCGCGUUUUUUGUUUGUUUAGUUGUUUUGUUGAAAGCAGUUGAAAGUGGCAAUUUUGUGGCGACACCGCGCGCGAGACGAUUGUAAUUUGUUAUAGUAAUUGUACGUACGUCCUUAUUAAGUAGGGUCACAAUUGGCUUUCUCUUCUCUUCUUUUCCGAUCCUCUGUUUUUCAUUUAUCGUACGAGUGAAGUGGGGCUUAGUUUUCCUAGUAUCCCGGCCACAUUAGUGAAUCUCGAUCGUCGUUUACGACACACUCCGAUAGGGCGUUUUCUUCAAACACGCGGUAAAUCUCAUAAAGUGAGAAGGAGUGACGGAAGUUGGCUUGAGGUAGCGAUUUAGGAGAAAUGUUUAAAACUACCGGUCGUUAAAACAUCGAGAAAAGUUAGGAGCACUACCACCGACAAACCUAUUCGAUUUCGAAACCGGUACGGGGUAAGGUCCUUCUUCGAUGUGAUGUCGCAGAGAAACAGAAACAAAAAAAACGCAUCAAAACCCACCCUCUAACGGUGGCAUAAUUAUACAUUACAUUUAAUGGAACACUAAAGCGCAACCCGGAAACCGAUCGCUUGAUCGAUCUUUUCUGUCGUAUCUGUGGUAAAACUUUAUCUUUAAACGGAAACAUUCCCACGCCCUUUUCCGUAUCAUCCCUAUUCUUUCACACCGAAUUAGCGAAUCAAUUGGUGCAUUAGAACAAACGUUAGUGUAUUGCGUAUUGGUGGUGUGUUAGCGAGAGCAAGGCUUGUAAAGCUUCAUUUUACGUUCAGAAACGCUAGAAACGACCGUUGAACCCAUUACCGAGCUGAUCCUUAGUGUGGAGUGUGUUAAGCUAGAGAGCCUCCAAGUCUGUUCGAUCGUUCAUUUAUUUGUGAAGACCACGUGUUUUGUGACCGGACCGGUGGCUGACGGUUUUUCUUGUUGUACAUUUUUCGUAUCACGUUCGAUUCGACCGUCCCGUGUCUCGGCAGUGCUGUUCUCCCACCAACUCUGUGGAAUGAACCAAUUUUCCGGAUAGGUAUUUAGUAUUGCAAUAGUAAAAUAUGAAACGGUGUGUUUAGAAGCAAAAAAAAGCGCACGUGGAGGAACCGGCCGAUUCUGAAUUUUCCCUCCGAGCGCUGAAAACCCGCGCUUUUCUUUUGCAUUCCCUUAACAUUCAUACUGGCUAGGUGUGGUACGGCAACCGUGCAAAAUGAGUAACAAAAGCAUACGCAAGAAAUCAUUAGGGCCAUUGUUAUCGUAGAUGAGUAAACAUAUCUAUCUAUACAUAAAUGCCUAUCUAUAUAAAUAAUUAUGUUAGUAGAGGAUGUAGUGAAUAAACUAAAACCAGAAACAACA